AUGCCACGCACUGAGGGACGUGACCCCAACAGGACCACGGAGAGAGGGAGGACGAGAGACAGAAGCCGAGGGCACGAGCGGGUACCACCAGGGGAAAGCACACAGCUACCGAGGGUCGGGGCUUCCACCGCUAGCCAUCAUCAUGUCUUAGAGACACGCAGAGAGCGGGAUGAGCGUGGGCAUGAGGCAACGAGGACCCCUAGCUCCGACCAUGGAACCAGGAAAUCUCUUGACCUGAAGAAAAUCAAGCUGGAAGCCAAGGAACAAGCCGAUACACAACCUGAUUCGGAUAUGGCCGACCUAGCAGCUCCGGUGUCUAACGAACCCAAUCCUUUCCUCAGGAUCGAUCAUAGUUCCGUUUUCAAACCACAUGAGGUGUACGACCUCACGUCGGGGGACCCUGUGGAUGACGAUGAUGAGCUGAACACUAGCAAACCCCCCGAAACUAAACAGGGUUCUGGAUCAGGCUCUGAGGGAGGUGCUGAUAGUCGACCCUUCGCUGCCCUUACCCACAACUCUGCUGCCACUGCACCCCAACCUCAAUGGCUACAAGGGCUCAUGGACAGCCUACAAGGACUUCACAUGAAGACCGACCAGACUCACAAGUACUGCCUAGACCUAGGCGCUGUAGUAGGACAGCACGAUGUUAGAAUCCAACAGCUCGAAACGGUCGCCAAGGAUCACACAGAGCAACAAGAUGCCACCCUUGUCAGGCUGAGCGCCUUGGAGAAGGCAGUCGGAGACCUGGAGCGCCGAUCCCGCUCGAUCACCCCCAGCAGAGCACCCGACACUCCUAGAGGGUCCAGAACAGGCAACGUGAGCCCACGCAGCCCCCGAGGAGGGCCUCCUUCGGACGCCUUCCGAGACCCAGCCCAGGACUUAGGACUAGUGAUCGGAGGAUGGACGGAUGCGAGGGUCGCUGAAGCCGAGACAGAAGUCCAGAAUAUGUUCACGCAGGCGGGCUUUGCAGGGGCCGUCCUGGACUUUUCGGGACCUUCGGGCCGCACGAAUUUUUUGAGGGUGUCUUUGGAUUACGAGGGGGCAGGGAUUACAGAAUUGGGCAAGAAGCGCCUGUACCAGACGCAGGUCAUCAACAAGCUGAAGGCACUCAAGGCCAAAAGCGGCAUAGUGGGACAGGAAAACAGCCUGUUGUGGAUUCAGAGAGACAGGUCGGUAGAGGAGAGGCUUAGGAUCCGCGCAAUCGUCCUAGCUAAGAACUUCUACAAUGCCAUUCCUCUCCUUAACAGCACAGACACUCACUGGCCCGACCCAGAGAUCGUAUGGAGGGGGCAACUUUUCGUAGGGCAAACCAGAACCCUCAAGAACAUGGACGACGGACAUGAACCAGCAGCAUACGACCAGAUUAUAGAAGACGUGAAAGGCAACCAUACAGUCUGGUUCCUCAGUGCCGAAUCUUUCGCGAAAAUUACAGGACGUGACAAGGAGUCUCUCCAGCAGAUGUGGCAGGAUUUCGGUCCAGCCGCCAACCCCAUGGGCAAAGGACUAGAUGACCUUGCCCGCACUUGGGACGUUCUUGGUUUUCAGGGCACCCACAUAAUUGGCUUGCAAGAAGUAGAGGAGCUCCUCCAGUUUUGUGACCGUCGACGGUAUCACGACACCAUUUGCUUGUGUUGUGAUCUCAACUACGACGUCUUGGACAUUGUUAAUGUGGACGAAAGAGGGAUUCCUCUAGGACAACUGUUGGGCAGUUUGAACCUUCAGCACACCAGACCAUCGAUGUCCACCUGGAAGAACACCACGGGGUCCUCAUCCAGGAUCGACUUCAUCCUUUUUGCCAUGCCUUCUUUGGAACACGGGGAUGACAGAGUAGAGGAAGGGUCGGACGAUGUCAUAGGGUCCGACCAUUGUGCGGUCAGCGUUGAUCUUCGAUCAACCCUUGCUGGCGGCCGCUCGUCCUUCCGACCGUCCAAGUGCGGCAAAUGGUGGACAGACGGGCCAAAGUUGCAGACUAAGCUGGCCGAGCGCCUAGAGCUCCAAGCGCAGGACCUCAGCAUGCAAGACCUCGAACAGAUCUGCAGCACAGCUUCUAAGCGAGUGACCAGCUGUCGAUACGUUGACUCUGCUGCCAUCUACCUAUGGCGAUCUUCCAUCACCGCGCGGGGCCCAUCAUGA